UUAUAUCUUUGUCAUGUCCCCCUUUAAACCUUAGACUUCUAAAAAAAAAAGAAGAAAAGUUGUGGACUCUGCAAGUAAUAACGAAAGCGCACACCAACUGUUUGCUAAAAUUAUCAAUUACCCUUUUUUUUUUUUUCUCCUUCUCUAUUUCUAACUCAGCCAUAGAUACAAAGGCUGCAACUUUCUUAUCCUCUCUUUAAUGGCAGAGAGGCUUGCUCUCCCUCUUCUCCUUCCAAAUCCCCCACCUGUUAAAACCCCAUUAUCAAACCACACUCACUUCACUCAACAAAACCCAACUUCACAGCCCAAUUCACCUGCUCCCUCGACUCCAGUCUUUCAAGACCUCCUUCUUCGACAUAAUUCUAAGUCCCAACAACAAAUCGACCCACAAGUCCGGACCCGGAACCGUCUCGGCCGGUCACGUGACGUCAACCGUGGGAAGCGUUGGACUCAUAACAACCUCUCUGCUCAAGGUCAGCAGGUUCUUAAUUCCUUAAUUGAACCUUCUUUUGAUUCUAAUCAACUUGAUGUUGUUUUGAGUAAAUUGUUUGAACAAUACCAAGAAAACCCAGAUGUGAAAGCUGAUUUUUUGGCUGCGGAAGUGGUGGGAAUUGUUAAAGCUUUGGGUUUUUACAAGAAAUCUGACUUGGCUUUGGGUGUUUUCAAUUGGGUUAGAGCUAGAAAUGAUUGUGGAUUGGUGUUGAAUAGCUCUGUUGUUGCUAUUAUUAUCAGUAUGUUAGGGAAAGAGGGGAGGGUUUCUGUUGCAGCUAAUUUGUUUAAUGGUUUGCACAAAGAAGGGUUUAGUCUUGAUGUUUAUGCUUAUACUUCAUUGAUAACUGCUUAUGCUGGUAGUGGGAGGUAUAGGGAAGCCAUGGUGGUUUUUAAGAAAAUGGAGGAAGAGGGUUGUAAGCCUACUUUGAUAACUUAUAAUGUGGUUUUGAAUGUGUAUGGUAAAAUGGGCAUGCCUUGGAGUAAGGUCAUGACUCUUUUUGAUGGGAUGAAAAGUGAUGGAAUUGCCCCUGAUGCUUAUACUUAUAAUACGCUUAUAAGUAGCUGUCGUCGAGGGUCUUUGCAUGAGGAAGCGGCUUCGGUUUUCGAUGAAAUGAAAUUGGCUGGUUUUAAUCCAGAUAAUGUUACUUACAAUGCAUUGUUGGAUGUUUAUGGGAAGUCUCGGCGUCCGAAGGAAGCUAUGGAGGUUUUAAAAGAGAUGGAACUUAAUGGGUUUGCCCCUAGCAUUGUGACUUAUAAUUCGUUGAUUUCCGCUUAUGCUAGGGAUGGUUUGUUGGAGGAAGCAAUGGACUUGAAAACACAGAUGGAGGGAAAAGGGAUUAAGCCUGAUGUUUUUACCUAUACCACUCUUUUUUCGGGAUUUGCCAAGGCUGGAAAAGAUGAGUCUGCAAUGGCGGUUUUUGAGGAGAUGAGAACUUCUGGUUGCAAGCCAAAUAUUUGCACUUUCAAUGCUCUAAUUAAGAUGCACGGUAACCGCGGGAAGUUCACUGAGAUGAUGAAGAUUUUUGACGAGAUCAAGGCAUGCAAUGGUGCACCGGAUAUUGUUACUUGGAAUACGCUAUUGGCAGUAUUUGGGCAAAAUGGAAUGGAUGUAGAAGUGUCUGGAGUGUUCAAAGAGAUGAAGAGGGCAGGGUUUGUACCUGAAAGGGACACAUUCAACACUUUAAUUAGUGCAUACAGUCGCUGUGGUGCUUUUGAUCAAGCCAUGGCUAUUUAUAAGAGAAUGCUGGAAGCUGGAGUUACCGCCGACCUUUCUACAUAUAAUGCUGUUUUGGCGGCAUUGGCACGGGGAGGGCUUUGGAAGCAGUCUGAGAAAAUACUGGCUGAAAUGACAGACGGUCGUUGCAAACCCAAUGAGCUAACCUACUGUUCUUUGCUUCAUGUUUAUGCCAAUGGGAAGCAGGUAGAUCAGAUGCAUGCCCUAGCAGAAGAGAUAUACUCUGGUAUCAUCGAACCUCAUGCUGUGCUGUUAAAGACUCUUGUUUUGGUUAAUAGUAAAUGUGACCUUCUUGCGGACACAGAGCGUGCUUUCUUGGAAUUGAGGAAGAAAGGAUUUCCACCUGACAUAACUACUCUAAAUGCCAUGCUCUCGAUAUAUGGCAGGAGGCAGAUGGUUUCCAAGACAAACGAGAUCUUGAACUUCAUGAAUGAGUGUGGGUAUACUCCGAGCUUGACGACCUACAACAGUUUGAUGUAUAUGUAUAGCCGCUCUGAAAAGUUCAAGGAAUCAGAACAAAUUUUAAGGGAAGUUCAGGCAAAAGGAAUAAAACCAGAUAUAAUCUCGUAUAACACUGUUAUUUAUGCCUAUUGUAGAAACGGUCGAAUGAAAGAGGCUUCUCGGAUAUUUUCAGAAAUGAGUGAUUCCGGCCUUGUUCCAGAUGUUAUCACUUACAAUACCUUUGUUGCAAGUUAUGCAGCUGAUUCCUUGUUUGAGGAAGCCAUUGAUGUUGUCCAAUUCAUGAUCAAGCACGGCUGUAAACCAAACCAGAAUACAUACAAUUCCAUAGUUGAUGGAUAUUGUAAACUCAAUCGGCGUGAUGAGGCAAAGACAUUUAUUGACAGCCUUCAGAAGCUAGAUCCACAUAUUUCCAAGGAUGAGGAAAUUAGAUUAUCAGAGCGUAUUGUGGAAAAAUGGUCAUAGAAAUUUGUCUUCCAUAAAGAAAACCUUUUUAGUAUUGUGUUAGCACUGUUCGUUGUGUUCAUCAAUUCAAGCAUGCAGAGAAAGUUGAAAUGUGACGUUGUGCACAAUUCUGUGUGUUUCCUCGAGGCCAACAUGUAUUCUUUAGCUUUUUGAAUGCCUAAAGCUCUAUUUAGCUAUGCAUGUAGCUGAUGGGGAACUUUGUAUUAUAUAGCAGAUGAAACAAGAAAGAGGGGAAUUGAAAAUCUUGAAAA